UUUUGGUUUUUAUUUGCUUUUCAUUGCAACAAAUGGUGCAAAAAAGUUGGUCUUAGUUCAAUUGUUUUGAUAGUGAUUAAAUUAGGAUACAAUUGCAUUAAUUUCGCAAUUAUUUAUAUUCAAUAAACAGUGAAUAUUUAUUAGGAGUUAUAAUUGUAUAAUUCUAUAUUUUGUUUGUGGGCUGUGACUGUGACCGGUAGAAAAAAACCGUAAAUAUGGGAGUACCAAAAUUUUUUCGCUACAUCAGCGAACGUUACCCUUGCCUAAGUGAGUUGGCAAGAGAGCAAUGUAUUCCGGAAUUUGACAAUCUUUAUCUGGAUAUGAACGGAAUUAUACAUACAUGUUCACAUCCUGAUGACAGCAACUUUCACUUUACUAUAACCGAAGAAAACAUGUUUAAAGACAUUUUUAACUACAUCGAUAAGUUAUUCUUUCUUAUUAAACCACAAAAGUUGUUUUUUAUGGCCGUUGACGGCGUAGCACCUCGCGCUAAAAUGAAUCAGCAGCGCAGUCGGCGUUUUCGCUCUGCCAAAGAUGCUGAAUUAUUAGAAGCAAAAGCUAAAAGUCGCGGUGAGAUGCGUGAAACUGAACGCUUUGAUAGCAACUGUAUCACGCCUGGCACAGAAUUUAUGGUGCGUCUACAGGAGGCGCUGCGCUAUUUCAUUAAGAGUAAAAUUAGUUCGGAUCCAUUAUGGCAAAAGUGCCGUGUUAUACUGAGUGGACAUGAUACACCCGGCGAGGGGGAACAUAAAAUAAUGGACUACAUUAGAUACCUCAAAUCACAAAAAGACUAUGAUCCGAAUACGCGUCACUGCCUCUAUGGAUUGGAUGCAGAUUUAAUUAUUUUAGGACAAUGUACGCAUGAGCCACAUUUCGUGGUGUUGCGUGAAGAGGUGAAAUUCGGACGUAAGACAAAACAAGCAUCCGUGGAGGAGACGCGUUUCUUUCUACUACAUUUAGGAUUGUUGCGUGAAUAUCUCGAACUGGAAUUUGACGAAUUAAAAAAAGUUGAUACAAAUUUUAACAUAUCAAAUCUUAUCGAUGACUGGGUACUGAUGGGGUUCCUUGUUGGCAAUGACUUUAUACCGCAUUUGCCGUGUAUGCAUAUCUCUUCGAAUGCGCUGCCUUUACUAUAUAAAACCUACAUCAAAGUUUACCCAACCCUAGGAGGUAACAUUAAUGAAAAUGGAAAAUUAAAUUUGGAGCGUUUGGAAAAAUAUUUUGCCGAGCUCUCAAAUGUAGAAUACGAAAUAUUUCAAGAGAAUCACGCAGAUUUGAAAUACUUUGAAGCCAAACAAACUAAAAAUGGCAUAGAUGAAGCAUUCGAUUUCGAUAUAAGUGAGAUAACGAAUGAGAAUCAAGACGCUGAUCUGGCUGAUCUAAUAGAGAGCAGUAGGCAGUUUUUAGAAGACGAGAAUGAAGAUUUGUCCGAUGAGGAACAGCAUUUGGCCGACGAGUUCGAGACUUAUAAGCGCAAUUAUUAUAUGAACAAAUUGAAUCAGAACGAAAUGAAUUGUGAAUCCAAGCGAAAACAGGCCAUUUGUUACAUUACGGCAUUGCAAUGGAUUUUGGAUUACUACUACCGUGGUGUACAAUCGUGGGAUUGGUAUUAUCCCCAUCAUUAUGCACCAUUCAUCAGUGACCUGCAAAACUUUAAAGACUAUAAUAUUAAGUUUAAUUUGGGUAAACCGUUCCUGCCAUUCGAACAGCUCUUGGCUGUACUACCAGCCGCUAGCAAAGACUUGUUGCCAGCGGCAUAUCGUGAACUAAUGACCAGCACCACUAGUGAGUUGCUCGAAUUUUAUCCCAAAGACUUUGAAACCGACUUAAAUGGCAAAAAACACGAAUGGGAGGCGGUCGUACUGAUACCAUUUAUUGAUGAAAAACGUUUAUUAGAUGCUAUGAAAGCAUGCGAAAAGAAUCUCACACCAGCCGAAGUUAAACGCAAUAGUCAUGGCCCGAUGCUACAAUACGAUUACAACCCAGAAUCGCAAGGUAGCGCGCCAGGCAUAUUCACGUUGCGACCGUUAUAUAGUGUAUUCUGCAACGAACAGCAGAUUUGGGCUAAAGAAAUCGCUGUACCGUCCGACAAGACUGUAUGCGUAGAGCUGCCGAAUCCCGCGCGUGCAGUCUUCUUUCCUGGUUUUCCGACUAUGAAGCACUUGAAAUACGACUUCGAGUUGAAAUUUGCGCGCGUGCGUGUCUUCGAACAGCCCAGUCGUAGUGAAAAUCUUAUUCUAAAGCCGCAUUUGCGUAAAGGCUUUGAUGAUAUUUAUCAUGUUGCUGAGAAGUAUUUGAAUCAGAUCGUCUAUACGGGUUGGCCACAUCUAAUCAAGUCCAAAGUAGUUGGUAUAUCCAACAAAGAGAAGUACAUUGAUGGCGAGGGCAUAAAAGACAUGGAACCAAGAUUAUUUCAAAUACACAUGAAAACCGCACAGGAACAUCUCAGCACACGUAUGGGCAUAGAAUUUGAAGACUUUGCGGUCUUGGUGCAUGUGCGCGUGCACGUAGGCACCACUUGCACUUGUGGCAAUCAAGGCAAGAUCAUCAUCAACGAUGCUUGGGGGCAUUCAGUGACCGCCUAUCCAGCGCAGGCUGUGGUGUCUGAGAUAUCCGUACAAAAAAGUGUGGCGACGCAGCCCAAAAAGGUGGAAAACUUAUUCCCUACCGAUAGCACAGUGUUCUUCUUGGGCAGUCCAUACUUUGGCAGUGAAGGCACUGUACUUAAUCCCAUGUUAGUGUAUGAAUGUGGGCGUUUGAAAGUAAACAUAACAGUGCUGCCGGAGCCUGACUUCACGGCCGCCCGUUUAUUGCAACAUAAACUGGAACGUGACUACAUAAAUUCCUUCCAAGCUGCCGCCAUAAUUGGUUUGCAAAUGCGUUGUCUUGGCCGUGUGACUGGCACGAUUCUGGUGGUAGCGGGUGCUAAGCGCAAGGAGUUGCCAGAAAAUGUCUCUAAAGUCAAUAUUGGCUUGCAACUGAAAUUUCCCAAACAGCAAGAAGAGCGUGCCGGCUAUUGCCGUCGUAUAAACAAUCAGUGGUACUAUUCCUCAAAGGCCAUAACGCUUGUGCAAGAGUAUUACAAAAACUAUCCAAUGGUGUUUGAUUAUUUAAGUCGUUCCUCAGAACGCAAUGAAUUUUGUUUUGAAGAAGAUCUAUUUCCCGAAGAGGUGGGUGAACGUAGAUUAGAUGAAAUUAUUACGUGGCUGAAGAGCCAAGAACAUGUAAAGGCAGAUAGACGUUUGUGUGGCUCACAAACAAUGGAGAAGGAGGCGGUAGAGAGCGUACUCGACUCUAUCGAACAAUUGAAGACAUUACCCGUGAAGACUGUAAAGCUGCAAGUGAAGCCACAUUUGCUGCUCAAACCUGACGUAACGCUGGCAAAUAUGUACAAGCCAAAGCGUACUGUGAAACUGUUCGAUCGUGUUGUUGUUGUAAAGACCACCUACAUGGUGCCACUAGGUGCGAAGGGUACCGUUAUCGGUGUGUAUCCGAUAACCGAUCCGAAUCCCGUACGCAUGGAAUGUGUAAAGUCCGUAGACAUAUUCUAUGAGAUACUCUUCGAUAAGCAUCUGCCGAGUGGCAACGAUGUGUACGGUAUUGCCGAAGAGCGUGUUUAUAGGGUAUCGGAAUCGGCGUUGUUGCUGAUUUUCGCACAAGAUAAUAAACAAAACGAAAUGCAAGAUGCGAAGCUGAGUCAAUUUGCAAACGAUGAUCGGAGUGUGCCGAGCAAUCACAAUGGUUUUGCGCAAACGCAACAACAACAACAACAGAAGCAGCAGCAACAACAACAACCACCAACACAACAAAGUGCACCGAACUAUUCCAAUAAUGGGCCGAGCAGCAGCAACAAUGCAAAAAUUAGCAUUCUCCAACCCCGUGCAGAGCCGUCUUCUAAAGCCUUGUUGCCGGCACAAAACAGUUAUAAACGUCCAGGCGGUGGUGGCGCUGCAAUCGAUCUCGAUGACUUCUGGAUGCCAGCGGCGGAGACAAAAGUGAAACACACCGUCGCGAAAGACAUGUCUAUGGCCAAUGUUAAAGUGAGCAAUGUGGAGAAAAGGAAUGGUAAAAUCCAGAUCAAAGUAAUCGAUUCAACGACAAAAACAGAAGAGACAACUCCGCAUGAGACGGUGAAAUUGGACACACAACAAGAGCAACUGAUGAAAAAGUUGCUGCUUGGCAAUAGAACAACGGACGCUACAGCCACGCCCCCUACAAAAGUGACAACGAAUGUAAGCAGCGCAACGAGUGAUUGCCAAGCUGGCACGCAAGCCUUAAUGAGUUUACUCGGUGUCGGUGUGAACAAGGCCGCCGAGCAGCCUCAAACGAGCGAAAAGGGCACGCCGCAACCGUCGAAGAAGCAGUUACCACAACCGCCGGCUGGUUGGCGCAACGAUGCGCAGCAAGCGCAACAAGUGCCGGUAAAUAAGCGCCAACAAUAUCCAGUACCAAACAAUCGACCGUUGCAGCCCAUUUUUCCACUACAACAACAACAACAGCCACCACCACAAUUAGCGCCACAAUCGAAUGCGUUGCUACCGUACGGCGGCGGCGUCAAUAAGUUGCCAUACCAGCCGUUGAUGCCACCACCGCCAUUGCAACAACAACCAUAUUACAACAAUAUGGGCGGCUACUUUCCACAAAAGUUGCUGCACCAGCCACCGGCGUAUCCAAUGCAGCCGCCACACGCAAUGCCCUUCCAAAUGAUCCAACCGAUUAAUGAGCGGCAGCACCAGCAGCCAAACUCGACAAUGGAGAGCAUGAACCAUACGAAGAGCGCUUUCAUACCGCUGCAGGUGUUGCGUGGUAACGCCAAUCAGCAGUCGCAGCAGCACUUCCCGGCAUCACCGCAACAGCCUACGUCACAGAAGGAGCGUCAGCGCACUGUGAGUGGCGUUAAGGGGGCACCGAUGAACACCAGGAAACCCAAUGUGCAGGGUCUGCAACAAAAUCUCAGCAAAUUGGAAAUCAAGUCGGAAGCAACGAGCAAGCAGAAUCAGCCACAACAGGAGCAACAGCAGCCGCAGCAAAGCAACACAAAAACAACUACAGACGCCAAGAAUGCUGUUGGCAACGCUAAAGCUGAGCAGCCGAGAAGAAAACGUUCGCCGCGUGUACCCAAGAUUGGCGCACGUUUUGACAACGCUCAUUGAGCUGUCUUAUUGCAGUUAAAAGAAGAAAAAAACAGACAGCUACUGUUGAUCAAAUAGCUGGCGCACACUUACAUGCGUUAUUAUAAAAAAAGGAACAAAAAAAAAGGAAUUUAAAAAAAUUAAAAAAAAAAAGAUUAGAAUUAAAAAGAAUCAGUAAAAGAAACAAAAACGGACAAAAGAAGAGAGAAAACCAACCAUAUGCAGCUCGUUUUUAAAGUCUUACCAAAUUGCGCAAAAUUAUUUUAUAUACAUACAUACAUACAUAUACAUAUAUAGUUGCUAGUUAUAAAUUUUGAGUAUUUUUUUUAUGUUGUUGUAUCGCAUACAUUUUAUUGCAUUGUCGCAGUUUCCUUGUAAAUUAACAUACAUUUGCAUAUACAAACAUAUAUAUGUAGUUAAAUAUAUAUAUAUAUAGUAUAUAUAUAUUAACCUAAUGUGCAGCUGCAUUAACUGCUUAUUUUGCCAAAUUGUGUCACAUAAUUGUAUUACAAAAAAAAAACUUAAUUUAGCGCCAUUUUAAGAAAAAAACGCAAAAACAAAAAAUCCUCAAGUAAGCUUAACUCUUCGUCUCAUGCAACUAUAUACAUACAUACAUACAUACAUACUAUGCCCCAUGCCCAAACUCAUAUUUUGUAAAAGAAAACGAAAAGCAAAAACAACAAAUGCACUUAUUUAUGUAUGUAAAUUAUUUUAAUUAUUGUAAUUACUUUAACGGUUAAGUGUUAAAAAAAGCGACUGGCCGCGCCUAGACUUACAAGAAAUAUAUAUAUGUAUAUGUAUUAGCUGACUAUAUUAUGUAAAUUAAUAAUAAUAACCAAAACAACAACAAUUGGGCAUAGAAAAACAAAAACAAA